AUGAAUACUUCAAUACCUGUUGUUACUUUGUCACCGGACGAAACGUCAUUUCCGUAUUCAUUGCCUAGCUCACUCUUCUCCCAAUCCUUAUCGAUGAAACUUCAUACAAUGCUCUCGGCUGAUUUAUCGACUCUAGUCAACAACCCAGAAGACGCAGACGUAAUGAUAAAAUGUGGUAAAGAACAAGUACGAAUAUGGGGUCAUUCGUUGAUACUAAAAACACGAUCGAGUUUCUUCAAAGAAGCUCUCACAGAGGAAUACUUACUUUCCGAGGACUUGUGCACGGUUGUUGAGAUUGGAAUGGAGAAAGAAAUUGUUGAGCUUUUGGUUGGAUAUUUAUAUACAGGCACUAUUAUAAAACCGCUUUCCCAAAACAUUGUCCUUCCUCUCCUCGUUGCAGCUAAAUGCUUGUCGAUAGACGAAUUAAUAGAUCCCUUCCAAACUCUGCUAACAACUAACUAUCAACAAUGGUCAAAAUCAAACUUUGUAUCUGUUCUUUCUUGUGUACAUUUACAUCCCGAAUUUGAGAUUCUGUCUCAGUAUGCGGACGAGCUCUUGCGAACUAGACCAGAACUAUUGUUCAAAUCAGAAAAAUUCACAACGUUAGAGGAAAACGUACUACUCGACAUAUUACAGCGGGGUAUAGCGAAUACCAGACAGACAGAGUUAUGGGAUUCUGUUCUCAAAUUCUCUAUUGCGAAUACGCCAGAAAUACAAUAUCUUGUAAUAUCAAAAUCAAUUUAUGAUACAUCUCAGUGGUCCCCAUAUCAUUUCAAGUGUCUCAAACGAACUCUUGACAAGUUUGUUGAAUUUGUAAACUUUCAAGCGAUUCCUCCCGCAGAAUUUAAGAAAGUGCAUCCAUUUUUAUUCAUACUUCCACAACAUGUAUCUCGAGAAAUCAUCAAACUUAAGAUCGAUUCGACGACAAUGUCGCAGAAGCAGGCGGAUUGGGUAGCUGAGAGAAUUCUUAGUGGACGAAGGAGUCAGAGGCCAAAACAUGUGGAAGUCGUCAGGGAGGGAAUGAGAAGUGAUUGGCAAUGCAAGGAGGGGAAUGAUGCAAACGAUGAUGAAAUACACAACCUCGGCGUCACCGAUGGUAUUGGUGAUAUUAACAGUAUAGGAACACCCCCUCCUCCUCCCCCACCCCCUCUUACCACGGUUUCAUACAAGAAAUCCGUCAUGAAGAAACUCUCAUUUCGUAAUGGUCCCAGUUCCUUCCCAUCCCCCUCUCCUACCUCCACUGUCUUUCCAUCGAUCCGGCCAGCUUCUCCAAAAGGCUCCCGGGUCCAUUUUCGUCUUUUGGUUCGUGGUUCGCGGGACGGAUUCACGCCAUCUGUAUUUCACCAACGAUGUGAUAAUAAAGGACCAACAAUAACGGUAGUAAGGGUGAGAGGCACGAACGAGGUGAUAGGAGGGUAUAAUCCACUAUCUUGGCGCAAAGCAGAUUACAGGGUCGGGUGUUUUCAUUCUAGCGAUAAGGCGUUUAUUUUUAAUUUCAAUGAUUGGAACGCAAGAGGUGAAAAGAAACGAACUUUCGGUGAUGACGCGACUGUCGACAGACUUCAUCCCAUAUAUGAAUAUUCCAUCCCACCAUCGCAUAAUUUACCGCCUUCCCCGCUAUUUCAUCCUCAGCUGCCUCCAACCCCAACAUCAUCAUCUCCGUCUCCGCCUCCAUCUCUAAACACUACAAUUAUUUCAUUGCCUAUCAUAUCUUAUCCAGUGGUUCCAAAUAACGCGAUUGUCUGCAAUAGUUUAAUGGGUCCACACUUUGGUUAUUCAGAUCUAAGUCUACAAGAAAACUUUCGCUACGAUAAUCGGUGCUAUUGUGUGCGGAGUAGUUAUGACAAAGCGAUUCGAGACGAUGAUGGGUUCUUUAGCGUUGACGAGUAUGAAGUUUUUCAAGUCGUUUGGGAAGAUUAA